AUGAGUUUAUCAGACUCAGAAAAGGUGCCUCAGGCUGAGGAAAAGCAACCAUACGUUGAAGAAAACGAAAACCAAAGCGAGAAACAACAAAUUGACGAAAAACAAGCGUCUGAAGAGAAAGACUUUAACGAAAAGUCCGCAGCCCCUAAUGAAACGCCACUCAACACCGUAGAAAAUGUAGUUAAACAACAAAAUCUAGGUGUUAAACCGUCUCCGCAACAAGAUUUACCGUUUGAUUUCAAUCGGUUCUUGGAACAAAUGAAGCAUCGACGUGCCGACAAAAUCAAUCGCAUUUUAAAAAAUUUUCAGAGAGAAUUUGAGCGAAAACCAUUUACAAUUAAUGAACAAAUAAGAAUAGUUCAUGAUUUCUUGGACUUUAUUCCAAUAGAAAUGCGAGAAUGUGAAAUAUGGCGUGAUGUCUCUGAACAAGAAUUUGAAAACGCCAAAGAAGGGAUAGAGAAAUUAGUGAUGAACCGUUUAUAUUCAUUGACUUUUACUCCCGCGAUUAAAGGACCUGUCACAACCGACGAUAGAGAGCGAGACGAAAUAUUACAUCAAAAAAUUCAGAUAUUUCGUUGGGUGAAAGAGGAACAUCUAGAUAUUCCUUUGACGCAGCAUAACGAAUCAUUUCUUGGGCUUGCUCAAGAAGAAUUAUUAAAAUUAAAUGCAUACAAAGCACCACGAGAUAAGCUUAUCUGUAUCCUUAACUGCUGUAAGGUUAUAUUCCGCUUGAUAAGAAAGGUGGAUGGAGAAGAGGGCGCUGAUAAGUUUUUACCAAUCCUAAUAUAUGUGGUAUUACGAGCGAACCCUGAGCAUUUGGUCUCGAACGUCCAGUAUAUAUCACGAUUCAGGAAUCCCGAGAAAUUGCAAUCAGAGGCUGGAUAUUACCUCUCAAGCUUGAUGGGUGCUAUCGCAUUUAUUGAAAACAUGGAUGUAUCUUCACUUUCAAUAACCCAAGAAGACUUUGACAAAAAUAUUGAGAUAACAAUGAAAGAAUUGGAAAGUGAACGUCCAAAACCGGAAGCGAAUGAUUCCAUCAUUAGCUACGAUAAUGUUAUACCUCCUUCAAAAUCUGCGCUGCCAGCCCGAUCGCCAAUAAUUUAUCCAGCACAAGCUCGAGCAUUAUACGAGAAUGGUAAGAACUUUGCACAGCGAACGAUACAAAUGCCCUUAAAUAUGUUCGGAAAGAUUAUAGCAGACGUGACAAAUGAAAUUGAAGCCGGUGUCCGAACAAUCGGUUCCACAUUGGAGGUUCGUUCGUCCUCGCAAUCCUCAUCGCCAAGUACUUCACCCCAUCGACCACCCUUAAUCAACGAACCCCCUCCUUUGCCGCCUAGAUCUUCAUCGCUAUACGGGAUUGGAGGGAUUGGGAAAAUUGAAAACUCGUCAUCAUUGCAAUCACAAUCCUCUCCAAGAGAACGUUCUCUUUCUGUGUCUUCACAUUCUUCUCGUACAUCAGACAAUUCAAAUGAAUACUCAGAAAUGCAAGAAGAAUUAGCCCGCGUUAGUGCAGCAACGUAUGAAUCUUCACUUAAAACGCUCAAACAAAUAUUCCAGAAUGUUGAUGCUGAAGUCCGCGAGGCUGUACUACAGGCUAGUGAUGGGGAGUUAGCUCGAGCGAUCGAUAAAAUUUUGGAAAUGUUUGAUUUUGGUUCGAAUAAUAAGGAAGGAGAUGGUGUUAAAGAGAGGGGCGAUGAUGAUAUUGCUGAUCAAUUGCCUGUUGAUAGUGAAGGUGGUGGUGGAGGUGGCGAACAACCCCCUAACAAUAGUGAGCUGUCUGUUGCCUCCUAA